UUCGCCAGUGUGCCGUCCGCCGUCGGUGGAGGACCACGUGUUCCUCAUUUUUAUGUAGCGUCGCGUCGAUCUGCGUCGUCGACUUUUCUCUUUACGCGCGCUGUUUCCUCUGCCACCCCCGCAAACCCGAUGCAAAGAAAAAAAGAAAGAAAACAACCGCUUGAUUAAUUCUUGAUCCGCGAGUGUUCGUUUCUGCUGCUCAGUGAUCGAAGGAUUUAUCGAUGAAAUGACUGAAAGUUGUUUCAAACACGUGUCAAUGGGUAGUGAAGGAAGAUUCUACGAUCGACGAGCAAACGAUGAUAUUUCGCGACAAUAUUUCUUGCUUGAUGCUGUGAAAGGAAGAGUGUAAAGAAAAGCGCGCGAAAAUUGAAAGGAAAGACUCGAGGAUUUUCAGUGAUUAUGGUCGGUUUAUAUGUCGGCUGAUAUCGAUGAUAUAAGGGUUGAUAUUCGACAAUAUCUUCGCUCGGAUCGAUUUCGAAUAGAUUGCAGGCCUGUCUCGUGUCGUUGCCUAUUCCAGGCGAACCGAAAAUCAGUGGCGAGCCAACGUGAUCGAAAACCUCCCCGCAGUACUUCAUCUUUUCUUUGAAUUAUGAAAUAACGUCCACGAAUUAACCAUCAGAAAAAGAUUUUUCAACGUACACCCGCUUCGCUCAUGUUGAAAUGAUUUUUCAUUCGAAAUCUUGUUACUAAUUAAUUUGAUUCCUCCACACGAAGCGAUUUUCGAUCAUUUGGCCAACCCUUAAAAGCCAUACAACCGAUGAUGCCCAUAAACGCAAAUGGCGUACGAAUGGCUAGUUCGAAGGUUUGAAAACAUCCUAGAAAGUUCUCCACAUGGGAGUAAUUAGAGAACUCGAUACUCCUCUCGAAUGGAAAUAUCUGUGAAGCGUGCAAUUACCCUUCGCGGGAUGGAAUCAUCUUGAAAAUCUAUAUAGAGAAAGAAAAGCAAAAUUCAAUUUUCGAUCGCUUGGUCGAAACUUGACGGUCAUAGACGAACAGUUUAGAAAGUAUACACCGUACGGACGUCUAGUUUGAAGGGUUGAAAGCCUGUGGAAAAGCUUUACUCCCAACAGUAAUUAUAAUAACAUUCAAAGUUCGUUUGGCAAAACUUUGCGCGUUACGUACCUAUACACGGCAUCGUCGUUACGAAGGGUGGAGUGUAUAGACAGCCAGCUUAAAGGGUUAAAAGCGUUCCGAGAAGCUGCAGAAUUUAAGGAUACGUUCAGAAUACAUAGAUGCCCCGAAAAGCUGGCAACGCGUUUAAAAUUGUGAACGGUGCCGUUGUGAUCGUGAUCGUGAUCGUGAUCGCGAUCGCGGCAGAGGCGAUAGACGAAGCGAGCUCAGGUGUAAGUUGUCCAGGUGGCAGUCGGUUGAACGCUACUUUCUGAACCGGCUGUGUUGCUACGGUGAAUUCUGCGGCCUCGGUGGACACGUAGCAUGGUCACCGUUGAUUACGGCUAUCAUGCCGGUCGUUGCAGGCUAUCGGCGGAAGUGGCGAGCGGUUAGGUCGGAAGCGCGUGGGACGCGUGUCCGGCGAGCUUUAAUAUAGCUGGUGGAUGAGAGGCAGGAGGAAAAAAAGAGAGGAGACGGUGAAGGAGGGGUUGCGGUACGCGGUUGUGGAUGCGGUGCUGGCUGCUUUAAUUAGCGUUUAACCGAAGAGGAAAAACAAGAGGCGUCGGAUUAGUGGUGCCAGAAUCAGGCGAACGUUAAUGCGAGAAAUCAAUUUAUUUCUCGUUCUAUUUCGUCCUGUAUAUUUCGACGAGGCAAAAGGAAAAAUGUCGAUCAUGGAUCGUGGACGAUGGUAGAAAAAAUGAGGUCGGAAGUGCGUAAGAUAAAAGUGCAGGAAGUCGCGAGUGAACCGGAUACUGUACGAGGAUGACCUAACAGCAAGUCUCGAUUGAAACCAUUCGUCGUUUGCUUUUGCCUGUUCGCGUACGAGUGCUCUGUGGGAUUCGUGACGAGGAUAACGAGAAACAACGAACGAGAGAACAUGUGGAGUGUACUGUUACUCGUCGGACUAACGAAGGCUGUCUCCAACGUCGCUGGGAUCGCUUCCACCGUUGACGAGAAAUCGGGAAGAACGAGUGGCGGAGACGAGCAAGUUCCAUUGGUAAACAUCAGCGUCGUGGAAGGAAAGCCAGCGGAAUUACCAUGCGACAUCACUCCACCGGGAGAGGACACCCUUCAUAUGGUGUUUUGGUUCAAGGACGAGGCCGGGGUACCCCUGUACACGAUCGAUGCACGCGAGAAGCCGGUGACCAAAGCUCAACACUCGUCCGAUUCAGGCGUGUUCGGUCCUCGAGCGUAUUUUCGAACCGCCUUUCCAAGUCCGGCCGUUUUGGUGAUCGAGGACAUCAAGAGACACGACGCAGCUACCUAUCGAUGCAGAGUCGACUUCCGGAAGGGGCAGACACGCAGCUUCCGGUACAACCUCACCGUGAUCGUACCACCGGAACAACCAACUAUCCUGGAUCAAUGGGGCAGGAUAGUAAACGGAACGGCAGGACCCUACGAGGAGGGUGACACUCCUUCUCUAACGUGUCGUGUAACCGGGGGAAAACCUGAGCCUAUGGUUCGAUGGCUGAUCAAUGGUCAGGUGAAGGAUGAAGAGUACGAGAAGAAUGCUGGUGACGUUAUAGAGAAUAGAUUAAGCCUGCAACCGAUCACUCGAUCCGAUCUUGGGUCGAAUUUUACCUGUCAAGCACGAAACACGGACCUAAUAGAGCCAAAGGAGUCUUCGAUUACCUUGGAACUAAAUCUAAAACCAUUGACGGUGACAAUUAGAAGGCCAGGCAAAAAAGGAGUGGGAAAUGAAUCACUGUUGGCGGGAAAACGUUACGAGGUGGAAUGCGAGACCAUGGGAUCGAGACCACCGGCGGUGAUCACUUGGUACAAGGGACGAAGAAGACAGCUGAAGCACACGACGGACGAGAGAUCCGAGAAUCGAACGAUGAGCAUGGUGGAGUUCGAACCUGGAGUGGAAGACCAUGGAAAAUCGAUCACCUGCAGGGCGGAAAAUCCGAACGUGACGGGACUGUUCGUUGAAAAAUCAUGGAAAAUCGACGUAGUAUAUCCUCCGAUCGUGUCGUUGAACCUCGGCUCGACCCUAAGUCCCGAGGACAUCAAGGAAGGCGACGACGUUUACUUCGAGUGUCACAUCAGAGCUAAUCCACCUUGGUCGAAGUUGACGUGGAUACACGACAACCAAAUAUUGGCGCACAACACGUCGGCCAGGAUAAUUUGGUCGAAUCAGAGUCUGGUGCUUCAGAGCGUGACGAGAAGUAGCGCCGGCAAGUACGUGUGCGCUGCGACGAAUGAUUUGAACGAAACGCGAAGCGAACCUCUUCAUUUUCGCGUCAAAUUUGCUCCUGUGUGCAAGGAGGAUCGAAUCAUAGUUGUCGGCGCGUCCCGGGGCGAGUCGUUGGAAAUCGUUUGCAAAGUGGAGGCCGAUCCACCGGCGCACAAUUUCCGAUGGAAGUUCAACAACAGCGGAGAAACGUUGGAAGUAGCACCGGGCAGAUUCUCGAUGGAGAAGUCGAGCGGUGUUAGUGUGCUACGAUACACGCCGACCACCGAGCUGGAUUACGGCACUCUGUCCUGCUGGGCGGACAAUUUUGUCGGUACACAGGCGAGACCGUGUCUCUUCCAGCUGGUAGCCGCCGGAAAACCGUUUCCGGUACGUAACUGCACGCUAGCCAACCAGACUUACACCAGCGUCGAGGUAAAGUGCGUGGCCGGUUACGACGGCGGGCUCCCGCAAAAAUUCAUCCUGGAGGUGUACCACGGCGACGUGGAUUUCCUCUCGACCAGCCAACCCCUUUACAACGUCUCGAAUGCUGACGAACCAAGUUUCUCAUUGGCCGGCUUGGAGACGACCGUCGAGGCUGGUGUUCACGUGGCGGUGUACGCGGUGAACGCUAAGGGUCGUAGUCAACCUGUCAUUCUCAGCGAAGUCACUUAUCGCGACGCUGAGAAACGUACCGGACAAGACGCUGGAAUCGUGCUAUCACCGUUGAUAGGUGUGGUGGUCGGAGCGUUGGUCACGUUGGUCCUGAUCAUCCUAGUGGUAGUGGUCAGAGUACGACGGGAACGAGUCUCGAAACCUCGACACGAGAAACCGGCGGAACUUAGCGAAUUACCUGCACAACAAUAUCCGCUGCAAAACACUCAACAAACCGUGGAAACCGAUCCCGACGUGAUUCCAAAUAAAUUUGAGGGUAGCUUGGUCGAAGUGAGCCCGCCGAGUUAUCCAGGUGGAUAUCCCCCGGGACACUGGGUCACGCCGGGACCUACGCCAAGCAUAGACGAGCUCUGCCACAAAUUCAGUGGAAGACCAACGGAGCUGAGGUUACCGUCGAGAAGCACGAUACCGAGUUUACAGAGCAUGUCCAUGACGGGAGUGAUGGUAGGCGGUGGACAGGGUGUGCUGGUCAGUGGCGCCGGCAGCGUGGCUGGCGUGGGUGGCGUGGUCGGUAGCGGGCAGGGCGUCGUAGUCGCUGGAGAAUGCCUGGACGGCGAAGCGAUUAAGAGACGAUUAAUGGCUAACAGGCUGCCAGAGAGUUGCGUUUAGACCUUUUCGCUAACGCGUUCGUCGUUUCCUGUUCAAUCGACCUCGACGAUUCCCGUAGCCAGUUUUCGAAUUCGAGCCUCGCCGCGACCACUGACCACCCACGCGACCAUUCGAAUCGCGAGGAUCACCCUCUUCGAGCACGAACGAGCGAGAGUCGUCGAAAGUUUUAUUCCAGGCGGGCAGCUUGCAGACAAUCCACUUGUGUGUCGUUGCAAACGAUCGUACGAAAGAUGCGUUCACGAGAACUCGUGGCUAAAAACUGAGUUCCACGUGGUCAGUGUUCCAUUGACUAUAAAGAAACUGAAUGGGUUCGUCCGAUGACAAUUGUCCAUCAAACGUUUUUCAUUCACGAUUUGCUUACACGUUGCUGUCCUAAUUCUUUUUUCUAACAUCGAGAAACGAUAUCCGCCAAAAUGUGUUUCGUAAACGUUUCCUCGAUAGUUAAGCAACAAUUUUUUGUUUCUGUUUCCCCCCUCGAAAAAGACGCUGAGCGAAACGGGAAAAGAGUUAGGUGAAAAGUUGCUCUCGAGUUUUUCACCUGGGUAAAGAGGCUGCAAAGUUGUCUCCUGCUGUCGACGCAACUUUUCCUUCCUACUGUUUCCAUAGGUCGACUCGAAUUCCAAUGAUCUUCGACAGUGUCUGCUCGCAUAUUUCUUCUUUCCUACGUGAUUCCCGUUACGGUACAAGACACAC